GCUCAUUUAAAUGAUAAAUUCCAAAAAAAGGCUCUGGCUUUGUCAUUCCAUGGGCUCACAGGUACUGGGAAAAAUUAUGCCGCAGAACUAAUCGUGCAUAGUCUUCUUCGUAAAGGACUUAAUAGUCGCUUUUACCGUCAAUUUGAUGCAACGGUCCACUUUAAACAUGCCGACAAGGUUCGAGAGUAUCAGGAUCAAAUCCACAGAGAACUAAUGGCCGCCGGCAGCGCCUGCUCCAAGUCAAUUUUUGUCUUCGACGAAGUGGACAAGAUUCCGCCAGGAGUGUUGGAUGUUCUGGUCCCUUUCCUUGAGUAUCGCGAAAGUUUAGAUGGCGUGGAUUUCAGGGGGUUUAUCUUUAUUUUUAAUAGGUAG